AUGAAUGAUGAGAGCCGUUUCCGCCGCCGUGCAACGAGAGCGAGACAGCAUGUGCACAGAGCUGGCGGGAUUUCUUGCGCAUCUGCUCAUUUCUCCCCGAAGUCUCACAGAAGCGCCGUAUCGCUCAGGCUCGUGGUGAUCACUGGGACGUCUUCGGGCCUCGGCAAGCACACGACUAAGGCUCUCCUUCAGGCUCAUGACUACCACGUCAUCGGAGCCGUUCGGGACCUGGAGAAGAUGAAGCUGGUGGCCGAGCUGGAGGGCUUCGACAUGGAGCGGUUUACUGCCAUGGAGUUGGAUUUGGCGAGUUUUGAGAGCGUGAAGAAGUUCACGGAGAAGCUGGAGAAGUUUCGUGGGGAUCGGCCCAUCGACAGGCUCGUUUGUAACGCAGCCGUCUAUCAGCCAACACUCGCAUAUCCCAAGUGGACCGUGGACGGGCACGAGCAGCAGCUUCAGAUCAACUACCUGAGCCACUUCUUGCUCACCUCGAAGAUCAUGCCCAUGAUGACCGACUCCAGCGAUGCCCGCGUGGUCAUGAUCGGAUCAGUGACAGGCAACGACAACACGGUUGGGGGCGGUGGAGUCUACCCCAUUGCAGACUUGAAAGAGUUGGACGGCCUAGAGCUCGGAUGUAAGAAGCCCAUUGCCAUGAUGGACGGCUACAACUUCAAUGGUGCCAAGAUGUACAAGGACACGAAGCUUGCUCUAAUGAUGACCUCGAACAUGCUUCACGAACGCUUCCAUCGCUCCACGGGCAUUGCCUUCAGCUCCAUCUACCCCGGCUGCAUCGCCGAAUCGCCCCUUUUCAGGGAGAAGAGGCCUUGGUUUCGCAAGUACUUCCCGAUCUUCAUGAAGUACAUCACCGGGGGCUUUGUGGGAGAGGAGGAGGCCGGGACCAGGCUCUUCCAGGUCCUGCACGAUCCCAAGUGCACGAAGAGCGGCGUCUACUGGUCCUGGAACGGUGGACCCAGGGAGGGACGCGGCUUGGAGGCCAUGGAGAAGGGAGGUCAGAUCGUGGGGGCUGGGGGUGCUGGAGGCGGCUGGGAGUCGAUUUUCGAGAACGAUCAGAGUGACAAAGUCUUAAACAAAGAUUUGGUCCAGAAGCUUUGGCAGACGACCAAUGAGGUUACGGGAGCUGAAUGGCCUGCGGCUUACCAGACCAAAUCUCCUUGUCCCACCUUGAAAGUCGUGGGUGCCGCGACCUCGCUCCUGGGCAUCAUGGAGGAGCGUGCACGCAUGAAGGCCUCUCGGGAGGGGGCGGGUGCCAAGAUCGUGGCGAACAAGACUUUGCCCAAGGAGGAGAGGCGCCGAAGCUUGGAGAAGAUGCUUUCGGCGUUGGACAAGACGCCCACGGACCCCGAGGAGCUGGAAAGGGACCUGCUCCGCACCGCCGGUUUGGUGCCCGAGGACCUCGUCUUCCAGGAGACGGAGGCCGAGGAGGCCGAGGAAGAGGAGAGCGUGGAGGCGGUGCUCCCGCCCCCCGAGCUGGAGGAGCUCGCUCCGAAAGAGCCCCCAAGCAUGCUUCCGGGACAUGAGCAGCUCGGUGACACGCCGGUGGUCUUCCAGCCCCAGAAUGUGAUGACCAUGGCAAGGGUCGGCCAGCCUUUGAGCGAAGUGGCGAGCCAGGCAGAUGUCUUCAUCCGCUACAAGUGCAAGAAGGGUCAAUGCAAGACCUGUGCUGUGAACAUCGAUGGCAAGUGGGUUUCCGCCUGCCAGACGAAGAUCCCUCCGCAAGAGCCCGGCAAGAGCUUCGAUGUCCGUGUGCGCCCGGUGUCGGAUGCACACAAGACGGCAGAGAAAGCCGCCUUCUUCACGCCCAAGUCCUUUGCCGAUGGUGUCGUGAACAACGGCUUGGGCAUGGUGGGCUUCGUGAAGGAGGCCUUCGGUGCGGAUCCGGAUUUCAAGGUCCGGAUGGAGAAGGAGAGAAAAAUCGAGCAGCUGCUUGCAAAGAGGAGCAAAGAGGUCACCAUUGCCAAGAUGAAGACCUCCAAGCUCCGGGGCCCUUCCUCCGGUCAAAUUACCGAUGGCGAGACCGUGACGGACGAGCACAACCGCGAGUUCGUCUUGCCAACCAUUGCCAUGACCGCCGCCUUCAUGUUUGCAUUGAUUCAGAAUUAUCCAGUCCUGGACUGA